AUGCUUCUCACAAACGCCGCCCUUGUCACUGGCCUUCUUGCCGGAAGCUCUUAUGCUGGCUCCAUCCCCGCCAACGUCAAGACCUUCUACGAUGGCAUCAAGAGCAAAGGAUCCUGCAGCAAGGCUCUCAAGACAGGGUUCUAUGCUCUAGACGGUGGCGCGAAGGACUUCAGCUACUGUGGCGACCACAUGACCGACUACAACGUCCUAUACAUCCAGGGAAAGAAUGGCCAGCUCGCCGAUAUGGAUAUUGACUGUGACGGCAUCAUCAAGAGCCCAUACAGCGAUGGCAGAUGCGAGGCUUCGCAAGACACCCAGCCCCAGUCUUCAUAUAUUGAGCAGAUUCAGGGAUACAACGUCGGAAUUAAAGAUGUCGACUCUUACAUCCACUCUUACGUUGUUCUCGGAAACUAUGCCGACCAAGGGAAAUCUGGUUACACCACUUUCCACCCAACCGACUACGGCAUCGAGCCUCUCAGCAUCGUCGCCGUUGUCUGCAACAACCAGCUCUUCUACGGAGUCUGGGCUGACCAGAACGGUGAUGAUGGACCACCAAUGGUUGGCGAGGCUUCCCUCGCUAUUGCCACCCUCUGCUUCGGCAAGAACGCCGUCAAUGGCGACAAAGGACACAGCGAUCUGGAUGUCCUCUACAUUGCCUUCCCCGGCUCCGACGCCGUCCCCGGCGCCAAGGGUGCCAACUGGAAGGCCUCGACCGCCAAGGCCUUCCAGGACAGCUUGACUGCCCAGGGCAACAAGCUCAUCCAGCGUAUUGGAGGCGGCGGCGGUUCCGGCCCAUCGCCAACCACUACUGGCGGCGGCAGCGGCCCAGCCCCAACCUGUGCGUGGGCGGGACACUGCAAGGGAGCCAGCUGCAAGACGGACGAUGACUGCUCUGAUCCUUGGGGUUGCGUCAGCGGCAAGUGCGCGUAG